AGAGACAAUGGGGGCAACCGUUUGUCGUUACAAACGUUACAGUAUGUUGCCAUGGUGAGAGAAGAAGAGAAAAAAAAACGUUUGCCGCGGUAAUAUAUCUGAUGUCACAAAAUGUUGCGCAACCAUCCCUUUCAAAUAUUGCAGCACUGUAUUAAAAUCGUGUAAAAGAAAAAAAAAAGCAUUCUUACUAUUUGAAAUGAAUAUAAGUAUUGAAGUGAGGUGAGCUACAGAUGGACUGCUUGAAUGCAGUGGUUGUGCUCAUGCCCAGAUACGUAGGCAGUGACUUCAUACUCAUUUUUCAGUGCACGUCCAGCGGCCGUCGCUCCUGUAUAAGAAUGGAUAUAUCGCCAAGAAAACCAAUAUGCCAUCACCUAUUUGCUGUAGGCGCCUAAAAUAUGAAUAGAGUCAUGCGAGGAAAUGUAUUUUAUGUCAGUAUUUGUCGGUAGACUGCUGUGAUUUGGCUGUUUUUGUGUGUGUGUGUGGUUUUUUUUCAUCCUAAAGCUGCGGUGCGUUCACUUACUAUCAUAUUGCUUUAAAAAUGAAGACGGGCUUUAUGAAAUGAUGAAGAUGAUGGACGUACGAUCGAUUGCAGAUGCACUCUACCAAGGUGGCAGCAAUGGCGGAGGCAGCAGAUACUGUGAUCAUCAUGCACUCCUUCUAAAUAGAAGAAAUGAAGUUGAAAUCGAUGGCUUUGGGAUCCUUAUAAAUUGUUAAUAAUACAAUGAACACCACUGUUACACCAUCAGACCUGGUGGAUGUGCCAAAACAGCAGAACUUCAAUGGCACCCUGGGCACACAGACCCCAUCAGGUUGGGCCGUGAUCCACACUGCUACCUUGACCUUUUGUUCACUCCUCCUCAUCUUCAUCUUCUGCCUGGGCUCUUAUGGCAAUCUUGUGGUGUUCCUGUCCUUUUUUGACCCGGUGUUUCGCAAGUUCCGCACCAACUUUGACUUCAUGAUCCUCAACUUGUCCUUCUGUGACUUGUUCAUAUGCUGCGUGACCGCUCCCAUGUUUGCGCUGGUGCUCUUCCUGGACGCAGGUGGGGGGGAUGGUGUGUCAAAGAGUUUCUGCUUUGCCUUCCACUUGACCAGCUCGGGCUUCAUCAUCAUGUCCCUGGAGACGGUAGCUGUCAUUGCUUUGCAUAGACUGCGCAUGGUUUUGGGGCAGCAGCCCAACCGCACUGCCUCCUUCCCCUGCACGCUGGCCCUCACUGCCCUGCUGUGGACCUCCAGUUUCACCAUGGCUGCCCUCCUCACCAUGCGAGCAUACCCACGUAGAGAUGGACCCUGCUUGCCCCACUUUGGUCUUGGAGGUGGACAGGCCAGGGUUGUAUUGUAUGUCUACCUGGCAGACUUUGCCUUUUGCGUUGCUGUGGUGUCUGUGUCCUAUCUGAUGAUUGCUCAGACACUGAGGAAGAAUGCACAAGUGAGGAAAUGUCCCGUCAUCACAGUAGAUGCCACGUGCCCUCCACCCCCACCACCUCUCAUUGCAGCAGGCUUUGAGAGCAUGCAGUGUGCUGUUCAAGGCCCCUCUCUGUACCGUAACCAGACUUAUAACAAACUGCAGAAUGUUCAGACACACUCUUAUGCGAACAUGACCAACCAGCCUCUGGUUCCAGGGGCUGCUCAAGGAGCCACCUGCUGUCAGCUGGUGUCAACAGUCAACCUGGCCACAGCCAAAGACUCUAAGGCAGUUGUUACCUGUGUAGUCAUAGUGUUCUCUGUGCUGCUGUGCUGUUUGCCGAUGGGAGUUUCACUGGCACAGGAUGUUUUGUCGCCAGAAAGUAGCUUUGCACAUUACCAGUUUGAACUGUGUGGCUUUGUGCUCAUUUUUCUCAAGUCUGGCAUCAAUCCCUUUGUGUACUCGCGCAACAGUGCAGGCCUCCGCCGCCGUGUGUUGUGCUGUAUUCAGUGGGCAGCACUGGGCUUUCUCUGUUGCAAGCAAAAGACUCGCCUACAUGCGAUGGGGAAGGGCAGCUUGGAAGUCAAUCGCAAUAAAUCCUCCCAUCAUGAGACCAACUCGGCUUAUGUACUGUCACCCAAGCCACAGAGGAGACUGGUUGACCAGGCGUGCGGGCCCAGUCACUCCAGGGAUUGCGCAGGUAGUCCGAAGGCCACAGGUGUGCGCAAACCUCGCCCCCCAAGUACUUCUACACCUAUCAACACCCGCAUUGAGCCCUACUACAGUAUAUACAACAGCAGUCCUUCUGCAGGGCCCAGCUCCCCCACCAGCCUGCAGCCUGUCAGCUCUCAGACAUUUGCCUUUGCCAAGUCUUAUGUAGCCAUGCACUACCACACUCACCAAGACGCAUUACAAGACUUUGAAAGCACCUCAGUGCACCAGAUUCCCAUUCCCUCAGUCUAAUCAAAGAGCUGCUAAGCAGAGGUUUGGACAGUUUCACCAUGGCUUUAGAUUGAAAUGUGAAUCAAAAGAGGAUUAUGAAAUCAGCCCAUUUUAUGUAUUUGGAAUCUGUAUUAACCUUUUGUUCUCUUCUACAGUGAAAAUACAUGUUAAGUUUUAUUGAGUGGAACCAGAAUUAUAUGCCUUGCCAUGGAAACUAAAACCAAGCAAUAGAUUUGUAAUGAAAGUGUCUGUUCCAAAAAGUUAUUUACUGCUAUUGAAUUGACUUUUUCCUUCACAGGUAUUGCAUUUUCACAUAAAUCUGCCCCAGUGUUGCGCACGCAUGUGCCAUUAUAACCCAAGACUCUGUAGGCUUUCAUUGCAGCCAAAGACUGCAGUCGCUGGUUUCACUGCUGCCUUCUCUCUGGUUGAAGUUGCUGAGCAGUGAUAUCAGCUGCUGUAGUGUCGGCCUGUUAUGAAACCCUGCACGGGCCCACACAUGGCUGUCGAUGGCAUGUGGUAGCACUUUGAUGGACUUUUGCUUCUUCAGAAAAAUAUAUUUGUGAACCUCAUACACUUUUCAACACAAUAAAUGUUUGGCAAGUGCAGUGGAUGUGUGCUUUGACUUUUUUAACUGGAGCUAAAAUGAUUGUGGUAAUCGCUUUAGAGAAAAUCAAUGGGCAGCUAUUUUGAUAAUUGACUAAUAGUUUCCUUUAAAAAAUGUCAAGCUUUUGCCGGUUUCAGCUUUUCAAAUGUGAGUAUAUCAUUCUUCUAUUUGCCAUACAUGAUAGUGAAAUAUAUUUGGGGUUUACUAUUGGUCAGACAUAACAAGACAUUUGAAGACGUCCACUUGGGCUCUUUCUGCUACAUCUUUUAGACAAAACAAUUAAAGUUAGUAGUUUUUGUUUUUCAGAACUCAUAUCUGAACACCGACUCAUGUUAACGUAGACCUACAAAGAGAUGAUACCUCAGAGUAACAAAACAGUUUCAAUUGGGAUUCCAUGUCUUAUCACUAACACUACAUUAUUUUCUCUUAACAUGUACAAGUAAAAGCAUUUGAACUACAAAUUUUACCUUAAAAAGCAUUUCACCAUAUAUCCACAUGCUUAGAUUUUAAGCAUGACCUUGUAUUCUUUACAUUAUACAUUUAAGUUACAGAUGAAGCUUCACAGACCUUCAAAGUCAGUCUGCUAUUUUUUCCAAAUAAAAAUGACUUCAUUUGGGUAUAAAAUUAUCUGCAGUAGCUUUCUUUUUGGAUAAAUGAGAAAAAGUGGAAAAGACUAUACAAUAUGUGCAGCAUCAGCACCCUCUGGUGGUCUGAAAUCUAGCAUAACGACUGACUACAGUAGAUGUCCUCCACUGGAGGAUUAACACACUUCAUGUUCUUUACAGGAGGAAAAUAACAAUGUUCUUAAUUAUAACCAAUAAAAAUACAAAAUUAAAACUCAAACCAUUAUGUUUUUAGCUUUGUGGUAAUGCAACACUAUAAAUGAGGUGUGUUCAUGUUUUAGUUUUAUUCUUUGCUGCAAAUGCAUUGUUUUUUUUGUUUGUUUUUUUAUCCCUGUGAUACAGCAGUGAUCAGGAUCCCAGUGUGCAUCGUCAUAAAACCACAGAGUACCUCUCAUAGGAAUCCACGGACAUUCUGCAUAUCCUACGAACUCAUAUGAAAUUUGUUUAAUCAACCGCUCACUUUUUGUUUCUAGUCCACAGCACCCACGAAUGCAUAAGUUACACUCACUCAUCCUGUAAAUUAACACGGAACACAUUCUCACUGCUGCAGACUUGCCCCCCCCGCGCCCCAUCUGCAAGUGCCAGUCAAGCAGGUAAUCUUUUCAUAUCGCACACACACGCACACACACAAAUACGGACCUUAAAGACAAUAAAACCCCUGAUUCCCCUGAUAAUUACAAUGCCCCUGAUUCAUUACUCCUUUGCUUGCAAUUUAUCAACACAAAGUGAAGCAUAGAUAUGACGUACAAGCAAUAAAUCCACUGCCUUGUGGAGUGAGGCAUCUGGCCCUAUUUCACUGUGUUUUCACAGCUUGCUUGCUGGAUUAAGCUAUGAUGUCGUAUUGCCCAGAGCACAGAUCAGGGCAUGGGCCAUGCUUCCUAGGCCAAAUGAAGUCCAGCCUCAGGAUCAAGUUUAACCUUGAUUUUGGAUUUUAGCGCAGUGUCAUGGGCAUUUCUCUUCCUCCAGCACACAUCUUCUGUUUUAUGACAAGUGUCCUCCUUCUCUUUAAGUGCAGCCUCUCUCCAUCUGUUCUCUCUUUGUCCUUCAUGCGCUAUUGCUGUCAUACGAUCUUUGUCUGUUUAGUUGGAGAUUGACAGAAGUCCGUGUUCAUCAGCGGUGUCGAGAAUCCUGCAUAUGACCGGAGAUUCAACCUAGGAGAGAAAAAA